UCUCCCUUCUUCUUGCAGCACCACGGGGCCCCCUGAACGCAAAGGAUGCCCUUUGGCCAUGCCCCCUCCCCCCCUUAGGAUGCCGCCGCCCCUCCCCCCUCUGCUGCCUCCUCCUCUUCCUCUCCUUUUGCUGCUGCUGCUGCUCCCCAAGCCGGAUCUUUGUGCAUCCCCCCCUCCGAGCUGCCCGUCCGCUUGCACUUGCAGCAACCAAGCCAGCAGAGUUAUAUGCACCAGGAGACAAUUGCAAGAGGUUCCCAGCAGCAUCUCGGUCAACACCCGUUAUUUAAACCUCCAAGAAAACCACAUCCAAGUCAUCCGAACCGAUACCUUCAAGCAUUUAAGGCACUUGGAGAUCCUCCAGUUGAGUAGGAAUCUAUUGAGGCAAGUGGAAGUCGGGGCCUUUAACGGCCUCCCCAACCUCAAUACGUUGGAGUUGUUCGAUAACAGAUUGACCACGGUUCCUACGCAAGCUUUCGAGUAUCUAUCCAAGCUAAGGGAGCUUUGGUUGAGGAAUAACCCCAUUGAGAGCAUCCCUUCGUACGCCUUCAACCGGGUGCCUUCGUUGAGGAGGUUGGAUUUGGGCGAGCUCAAGAGGUUGGAAUAUAUCUCGGAAGCGGCUUUCGAAGGGCUGGUUAAUUUAAGGUAUCUCAAUUUAGGGAUGUGUAACUUAAAGGAGAUCCCGAAUUUAACGGCCUUGGUGAGGUUGGAAGAGCUGGAGCUGUCUGGGAAUAGGUUGGGUAGAGUAAGACCCGGUUCAUUCCAAGGCUUGAGUAGCUUAAGGAAGCUCUGGUUGAUGCACGCCCGCGUGGCCGCCGUCGAACGCAACGCAUUCGAUGACCUCAAAGCAUUAGAAGAGCUGAAUUUAGCCCAUAACGAGCUGGGCUCGUUACCCCACGACCUCUUCGCCCCAUUGCAUCGCUUGGAGAGGGUCCACCUCCAUCAUAACCCGUGGAGAUGCGACUGCGACGUCUUAUGGUUGGCCUGGUGGUUGAGAGAGACGGUGCCCAGUAAUACCAGUUGUUGCGCCCGUUGUCACGCCCCGCCUGCGUUAAGGGGGAGGUAUUUAGGGGAAUUAGAACCGGGUCAUUUCACUUGUUACGCCCCCGUCAUAGUGGAACCACCGGCGGAUCUCAACGUCACCGAAGGGAUGGCGGCCGAACUCAAGUGUCGGACGGGGACGGCCAUGACGUCGGUCAAUUGGUUGACUCCUAAUGGGACAUUGAUGACCCACGGUUCUUAUAGGGUCCGGAUCUCGGUCUUACACGACGGGACCCUCAACUUUACCAACGUCACCGUGCAAGACACGGGUCAAUAUACUUGUAUGGUCACCAAUGCAGCUGGGAACACAACGGCAUCGGCUACGCUCAACGUAUCGGCUGUAGACGCCGCCGCCGCCGCCGCCGCCGCAGCGGCCGCCGCUACCGGAUACACCUAUUUCACCACCGUCACCGUAGAGACCACGGAUGGAGGAGGAGGAGGGCAAGGAGGGGGUGAGGAUCCGGCCCUUCAAACAGCCCCGUUACCUACUUUAGGUUGGGAUGCUUUGCCUGCUGGCGCAUCUACGGCAGCUCCGGCCACUCGGGCGACUGGGAAGCCUUAUACGGUGGCCAUUACGGCGGCGGCGGCUGGCGGAAGCGGAGUGAUGGGGGGUGGGUUGCAAGACUUGGAUGACGUCUUGAAGACCACCAAGAUCAUCAUCGGCUGCUUCGUGGCCAUCACUUUCAUGGCGGCCGUCAUGUUGGUGGCGUUCUAUAAGCUGAGGAAGCAACACCAGAGGCACAAGCAUCGCGGAGGGGCCGCGAGAGCGGUGGAGAUCGUUAACGUGGAGGACGAAUUGGCUGGUGGGGGGGACAGUCGUUUAGCGUUGCCGGCGUUGGAAAGGGAUCAUUUGGAUCGUUACGCGGCCUUCGCGGCUCAUUACGGGAACAGCGGGGCCGCUUUGGGUUGCGGGAAGAACCCGCUGCUCAAUUCGGUGCACGAACCGCUGCUCUUCAAGAGCCCGUCCAAGGAGAACGUGCAAGAAACCCAGAUCUAAAAAGGGGACCCUCUCGGAUGAUGAUGAUGAUGAUGAUGAUGAACCCACCCCCCUCCCCCCUUCUACACUUGAACCCCCCUCCGAGGGAUAAACGUGACCAUCCUCCUCCUC